AUCACAGCUACGUUAGAUCGCCUUCAGGCCUGGCCCGGGCAGCAGAGUUUGACUAAAAUCAUUUGUACAUUCCCAUUGCGCUAUCUUGUUAGUUCCCGAUGGUCUAGUCCUUGGAAGUCACCGUUCCUGACCUUCGGUGAGCCGGAAAUCCAUCAGGAUCGUAGUCUUACUUCAUUUAGUCAGGCUUAGGACGUCGCUGUCCCGAGGAACGUAGUCCGGAUCGUACCGUUUUAGACACGUGACGCAACUUAAGAUCGAUCGGCUUCCCACUCAUAUGUAUGUGAUUUGUAAUAGGCCUAUCGCAGAGAAACCGAUUCGAGGUAUCGCUAUUGUCGUUUCACCACGGAGCUGGUCGACAAGGUACCGAUGAACCGACCGAAUCGGAGCGUCACCCAGCGGCAUGCCACUUCUCAAGCGACCGACUCGUCUUGACUGGUGUCGGUUUUGUGGAAACGAGUAUCGAAAAUUUUCGCCUCUUGUAGAAGGAGUUUCAGCCGCUCGAUGUUCUGCUCCGAUCCAAAAGCCACCAACAGAUCUUCGGCAAUAUUUGGACUCGGUUCAACGAAAUGCCUCUAUAUAAGCUGGGCGGUAGGAAGCAUUUUUUUCAAGCCGCUUUCUGCAGUUGCGACAUCUGUUACCUUCUAAGCACUCGAUAUGGCCAUUAUCUUCAUCCCGAUGAUCCUUGCCUGGCUUGCGACGACCGUGUCCAAUGGCCCGCAGGUCGCAGUCAGCCCCACCGGCGUCCGCAUCACGCGUGCACAGGGUGUCCAAGGCUACAACACCUGGGCCUACCUGAAGCCCCUUUACGACCAGGUGCUCGACCCGGUCAAGGUUGACACGUUCCAAUGCGAUCUCACCAUCAAUUCCAUCACCGCCGCCACCGAGUUCAAGCUCCAGCAUCGUCAUCCUGCGCUGCACCGCGCCACCAUCGGCAGCUCGGCUUUCGUUCCUGGCGGACCGUCGCGCCAGAUCAAGCUGGUCUUCGGAUCCACUGGCGUGACGGUGUACGAGACGGGAGUCGUGGUAGGAACGGCGGGCACGGCCCUCAUUGGCGUCGAACCGCACCAGGUCAAAUUCAGCGCGCAGAUCCUGGACAGAGGCGCGGGCUUGGAUAUCAGCGUCGAUCAGAUUGCGGUUGGGUCGAGUGCGAGCUUGGUGUGA